AUGCGUUCGGUAUGUAAACAAACGCCCGCGGAAAUAUUUGGUAUCGAACCUGUUUCGUGUAAUAAGGAAGAUCAUUCCGGCAUUGUUCUUUGGUUUGGAAGACUUUGGAUGUGCGUAACACGUAAGUUUACGUACGAAUUUUUUUCCCUUAUAUAA